AGGAGGAGGAGGAGGAGGAGGAGGAAGAAGAGCCGGCGGAAGGAGCGGGAGGCGUCGCCGCGUGAGGGCCGAGCGCGGCAGUGGCGCCGGCGCUGAGCGAGGAAUCCGGGCCACGGCCGGAGAGUGGCUCCAAAGGGUAAAUGAACCUGGAAAAACACAUAGAUGCCGCUUUGCAGCCUCUCCAGAUGUUUGGGGAUAACACUCCAGAGAGAAACUGAUCCCCUUGGAUUAGUGGUAGCUAGUCAUAAUGAAGAAAAUCAGUCUUAAGACCUUUCGGAAGUCUUUUAAUUUGAACAAAAGCAAAGAAGAACCUGACUUCAUGGUAGUGCAGCCCCCAUCGUUAGCCAGCGACUUUGGGAAAGAGGAUUCCUUGUUUGGUAGCUGCUAUGGUAAAGAUAUGGCCAGCUGUGAUCUCAAUGACGAUGAAAAGGGGGGGAAAAGCAGGUCCAAGAGCGAGAGCCUGAUGGGCACCCUGAAAAGGCGGCUGUCGGUGAAGCAGAAGCCCAAAGGCAAAAGCGGCUCACCCUCCGGGGGUGCCGCCGACGAGGACACCUUCUCCUCCUCCUCGGCCCCCAUUGUCUUCAAGGACGUCAGAGCCCAGAGGCCCAUCCGGUCCACCUCCCUCCGCAGCCACCACUACAGCCCCACGCCCUGGCCUCUGCGGCCCACCCACUCCGAGGAGACCUGCAUCAAAAUGGAGGUGCGGGUCAAAGCCCUGGUGCACUCCUCCAGCCCCAGCCCGGCGCUGAACGGCGUGCGGAAGGACUUCCACGACCUGCAGUCGGAAACGGGGUGCCAAGAGCCCAGCCUUCCACUCAAGAGUUCUGAUUCCCCCACGGGAGACCUGCGUCUCCACCUGGACGAUCAUGUGCCUGUAGUUAUUGGACUGAUGCCUCAGGACUACAUUCAGUAUACCGUGCCUUUAGACGACGGGAUGUACCCUUUGGAAGGAUCGAGGAGCUACUGUCUGGACAGCUCUUCACCCAUGGAGGUCUCUGCCAUUCCUCCUCAGGAGGGAGGGAGCUCGUUCACAGAAGAGGAGAAUCAGGUAGACCCGGACCUAGUCGUUGGCCCAGAGAUCUUUGUGGAUCAGUCUGUGAAUGGCUUACUGAUUGGCACCACAGGGGUCAUGUUGCAGAGCCCCAGAGCAAGUCAUGACGACGUCCCUCCGCUCUCACCAUUGCUACCUCCAAUGCAGAAUAAUCAAAUCCAAAGGAACUUCAGUGGACUCACUGGCGCAGACGCCCACGUGGCUGAAAGCAUGCGCUGUCAUUUGAAUUUUGAUCCUAACUCUGCUCCUGGGGUUGCCAGAGUGUACGACUCCGUACAAAGUAAUGGCCCCAUGGCGGUGACGAGCCUGACAGAGGAGCUGAAGAAACUCGCGAAACAAGGGUGGUAUUGGGGACCAAUCACACGCUGGGAGGCAGAAGGGAAGCUGGCCAAUGUGCCAGAUGGCUCUUUCCUUGUGCGGGAUAGUUCAGAUGACCGUUACCUUUUAAGCCUGAGCUUUCGCUCCCAUGGGAAAACACUUCACACUAGAAUCGAGCACUCUAAUGGUAGGUUUAGCUUUUAUGAACAGCCAGAUGUGGAAGGACAUACAUCUAUAGUAGAUCUCAUCGAGCAUUCAAUCAGGGACUCUGAAAAUGGAGCUUUUUGUUACUCAAGGUCUCGGUUGCCUGGAUCUGCCACGUACCCCGUCAGACUGACCAACCCGGUGUCACGGUUCAUGCAGGUGCGUUCUCUGCAGUACCUGUGUCGUUUUGUUAUACGUCAGUAUACCAGAAUAGACUUAAUUCAGAAACUGCCUUUGCCAAACAAAAUGAAGGAUUAUUUACAGGAGAAGCACUACUGAAAGAUUGAGAACCCUGCAUCUUGCACUUUGGGAAUAAGAAAAAGAGAUUGAGAUACAGUUUACAAACUUUCAUUGCCAUCAAAAUCUUUUGCUGCCAUAACUAUUUUAGUUUGUUUUGUGUGUGUAAAAGAGUCAUCAAUUUCUUUAGGGGUAGGGAAAUGUCUGCAAGGUGUCGUGGGUUUAUUUUGGUUCUCUAAAAAGGGAUGUCUUGAGGUUCUAGAAGUGUGAAUUAUGUUAAUUGCAGAAUAAUCACAAUGUGAAUUAUCAGAUUUUCCUUAAUCCCCCUAGUCCUUUGCUGCUAUCCACUGUGAUUUUCAUGCAUUAAAAGCACAUUUCAUGUGUAUUCAACCCUAAGUUGAAUGAAAGUGAAUGAAAAUUGCUGUCUUUCAAUGGCCCGUUUUCAGAUGAUAGUGUUGAAUAAACAUAUGUGUGUGAUUAAAGCACUGAACACGAUUUGUUAAUCUCAUACUAUAAAAAGAUUAUUCAGAAUUAUGAAUCGGCAUAAUCUUGGUUAAUGGAAUGCAAAUCUACAACAUGUUUUACAACACUUCUCUAAAUUUUUUUAAGGUUGUGCUAUUUUUUUUUUAUUGUGAAAGUUUGGAUCUUUCUGUUGCCUUCAUUUUCAUCUUGUCUUUUUUAAUAAAUGGCCUUACAUUAAAAUUGUAAAGAAAUAUAUACCACCAGUUUAGAAAUUGUUGCCUUUUCUGUCCUUCAACCCGGGUACAAGUUGGCAUAAGUUAAAGAGUUAUGGAAUCAGAACUGUUGUUUUAGAAAUAAACUGUUUUAGAAAUAAAAGAUAACUGUACUCCUCCUGAGCACUUUUCUGUUAUCUAGACUUCGCUUCAGUGUUUCAUUGGGGAUUUCUUUAGUGAACGCAUCAAUUUUCUUGGGUGAAUUUCAUUGUACAACUAAUUUCAUAAAUGGAUUCUCUUAUAACAUUAAAGUUUAUAUAGUUUUAAAUGGAUUUGACUAUAAAAGCUUGCUGUACUGUUUUUGUUUUAUAUAGUCACCACUACAAGGUGCUAGAUUUGACCACUUGCCCCAGCUUAAAAUGACCUAUAAUUUUUAGAAAUUGUGGAACAUCCUGUGAAACAAAAAGUUAAAUCAUAUCAACUGUGUGGAAAUCCUGUUUCCUGCCAUAUAUGCUACCCAUUAAAGAUAGGGUUUUCAUUUGUGUUUUAGUUUAAUUCUUAAUUUGCUUUGCAUCUCUAGUGGGUUUUUCUUCCCCUCUGCCAGUCAUUGAAGGAAGGGUAAUAUGCCUAAUAAUUUCUGGUUUCUUUGAAAUCCAGAAUGUUUAUUCAGCCCCGUGAUUCUGUGAUGUAGUAUUUAAAGAUUGCUCCAAAUCAGAAAACGCUCCUAGUUAUACAAGCUUUAAGGAAAAUUAUUCCAUCUUCAAUGGAGCACGUCAUUUGAGAUGUCUCUUCCUUUCGUGACUUCUAGUUUUUCUCGCUCACCUUCCUUUCAUUAAAUACAAGGGGAAAGGUGGCUUUGUGAUUCAAAUAUAACUGUCUCUUUUCUAUGUGUUUCUUCAGGACAGAAUUGAGAUCCUACCAAUAAGAGGCAUAAUGCCAUAAUUUGAUGUGGUAUUUUGACUUAAAGGGGAAAAGGUACUUAAUUUUGGUGGAAUGUUGAUUGUACCUUGUUACAAAGACUCAUUUUCUAUUAUGCUUUCCCCUAAUGAGAUGGGAUAUGAGAUAUACUGUAAUAAUAUAAUUUAAGUGUUGAUUAUAAGCUAUUUGGAUUAAGAACUAUUGCAGAGUUGUAGGCUUGUUAUCAAAUUAAUGCAAGACAUUUAGCUAUUUUUUUGCGGAAUUAUUUAUUUUUUAAACAACUGAAAAUAUAUGUAGGGUGAGUUGAAAGUCCCUGUGCGUUUGUGUGAGGUCUGGUGUUGUCACAGAGUCGCUGUGUGUUGAUGGUAAAUUGUCCGGAUGGCUUUUCUGCGUGUCCAGUUUCCCAUCUGCUGGAGCCCGUGACGCACCGAGCUCUCUGAACCGCCCCCAGGCUUGACUCAUGGAUAUAGGCUGUGUUCAGUUUUUCUCACAGUACCAUGUGUUUGAUCUACCCAUUUGGUGUCAGGACUUACCUUCAUUCUCAUUAGAAUAUUUUUAAAAAUUGUAUUUGGUGUUUUCUGGAAGGCAAGUUUGAUGUUGUAAUUUGAAAAGCCAAUUGUUAAUGUUUUUGUGUAUUCCCAAUACAAAAUACCUUAAAGGAAUGUGCCCUAUCCUAGUCCAGUUUGAAAUUGUUAGUUCUUGGAGAAAAGUCAGUGGACUUGCUAAGAAAUUAAGUUUACAAACCGAAAGGCGUGUUGGAACAUUUUCUGCUUUUGUCUAGAUAGAGAUCCACUUGACGUCACAGUCCCGCAUGAUGUGGGCACCUGGCUUCGUGUGACACUAAAACAGGCUGCGAGAAGUGACAAUAGGGAAAGACAAGUCCUCAUCCUUUAGUGUGUCCUGAUAAAAUUUGGUUAAAACUUUGGAUUCUGUUUUAGGUUUAACCUGUGAGUGAUUCUUAAAAACCUGAGUUAAGGAACAAAACGAGAAUGCCAUAUCCGUUUAUUAUGAUCGUUGAAACGGGAUUUUUAAAAUGAGAUAUUUGAUCACAAAACAUGAUGGAAGCUGGAAAGUAUCUUGAGGCUUCCUAGGACACAGGCAUUUUCACAGAUAAGAAAGCUAUAGGAAGUACUUGAAGAUCUCUUUUCUCUAAGCCAAACAGUUCUCUUUCUACUUGGUGCAAUAAUGAGAAAAUUUAGAUCACUUAUGCCGUCACUGGAAAUGACCAUAGAACUAAAAAAGUUUUAAGGAAACCAGCUGCGCAGAGCAACCUUUUUCUGUUGAAUAAAAUUAUGUGCCAAAAGUUUACAUCAUUGGCAUAUAGGAAAUGAAACAAUAGAAAUGACAGUUUCUGAGCCAGUAUUAAUUGAAACAAGAUCCAAGCUACUCAGAUCUUUGUGGUUUCUGCAGUGUCUACUAGUAUUACAGGUCUGUCCUAGCAACAGUGCUUUCAAGAUUAUGGUUUAAUUACUGUACGUUUCACGUUUCUGAGAGAUACUGCUUCAGGAAAGAUUCAGAAUAACAUGUUUUGAUUUCACUUUUAAGUUUUUCAUCGAAUGUGAAGCGAUGAUUGAAAAUGAAAUCACACUACCAGCAAUAGACAGUUUUGUUGAAUUAGAAGGAACUAUCCAGUUCCAUAAAUUACAUUGAAAUGAUAAAGGCACUGGUACAUUAAUAAUCACAAAUUGAUUUCUUAGUACUUUUUUAAUCUUGUAGAGAAAGUUUUUAUAAGCAUCCUUUUUAUUGAUCAAUCAUAACGUGGCAAAAUGUGUAUUUGCUGUUUCUGAAAAAUGAUCCAAAUGCUACCUGCAGAGAUGAAGAGAAAUUCUUAGAAAAUUUUGUAAUAGUAUACAUGUUGGGUUAAAAAAGUCUCAUAGUUGUUGGAGUGCCAUGAAAUUAAUACUUGCAAUCCAGAUUGCUGUAGUUUACACUUUUCCUGUAUGUUUCAAAUCAGGUGUGUACCAUUUGUACUGAAAACACCACAGAAUGAGCUAUCCAAAGUCCAUUGAUUUUAAUACGUGUUUUGGUUUGUAAAAGAAUUAUAGUAAUUUCUUGCACAUUUUUGGAAAUUAAUUGUAUAAGAAUUUAUGUAUCUCCUUCUAGAUACAGUGUGUAAAUAAAAAAAAAUCAUUCACA